AUGCACUGGCUGGGGUGCGCGCUGCUCUGGCUUGGGCGCGCGCUGCUCUGGCGGGGCGCCCUCUGCUCUAGCGGGGCGCGUGGUGCUCUGCAGGAUGGCGCGCGCUGCUCUGCUGGGUGGAGCGCGCUGUUCUGCAGGGUGGCGCGCGCUGCUCUGCAAGGUGGCGCAUUCUGCUCUGCUGGGUGGGGCGCGCUGCUCUGCUGGGUGGGGCGCGCUGCUCUGCUGGGGCACGCGCUGCUCUGCAGGGUGGCGCGCGCUGCUCUGCUGGGGCGCGCGCUGCUCUACUGGGGCGCGUGCUGCUCUGCUGGGUGGUGCGUGCUGCUCUGCUGGGGCGCGCGCUGCUCUGGGAGUGGCGCGCGCUACUCUGGCACGGGUGCGUGCAUGUCAGCACACGGGAGGGAGGGGGCGCUGCUUAGGGAGGGGUACGACUACGGAGCAACGGAGUGGUGGUUGAAGGAAGGGAACCGGCACUGGAAUGACGAUGUUGAGCAGACAACUUGA